GCCUUCAAGCUGCAAGCCUGCAACGCUUGGUGUCUCAGAAUCUGUAUAUGAACUUUGCCUUUAGUGGAGAUAUUCGAGACACUCAUGAUGACUCAACUCCACUCCACUCCAGGUAUCUGUGCUGCAAAAGCUUCAGGCCUAUAUAUACAGAUGCACUCGUCGUCUCUAACUCUAUCUGCAAACUCGAUUUCUCUCUGGACACAACAACUUAACACCACAAAAAUAAUUCCUGUGCCCGCGAGAGAGGAAGGCAUGAGUGGGGGAGCAGAGAUGAUUGCGGGCGCUGUUGUGGAGCGUGUUGCUGGCAUGCUCAGCAAUAUCGCCUGGGAGAGGAUCGAGCUGCUGUGGAACUUCAAAGAGGAUGUCCAAGAGAUGGAGAGCAAGAUGACUGACCUCAAGGUUGCGCUUAGCUAUGCUGACAAGCGCUCCAGAGAGACUGAUGAUGAUGGAUUGGUGCUGCAUUGGGUCAACAAGUGCAAGUCUGUUGCCUAUGACAUGGAAGACGUGAUGGAUGAGUUGUUGACUGAUGCGAUAUAUGGAAGAAUAAUCCAUGCACGGUUAAAUUGUUCUUCUCAUCAAUCAACCCACUCAUUGUGCGUAUUACCAUGUCAAGUAAGAUGAGAAAUAUUCGGUUGAAGCUAGAUAAGAUUGCUGAGGACCAGAAAAAAUUCCCUCUUCUGACAUUGCCUUUCCCAACUGGACAAGACCGAAAGGAAAAAUGGACAGAAACCUUUAUUGGUCACACAGAUGAAAUUGAGAUGGUCGGAAGGGAAAGAGAGAAAGAGAUAUUAAUCAAAGUCUUGCAGAAAGAUGGAGGCCAACAAAGAACUAUCAUUCCUAUUGUUGGCCUUGGUGGUAUGGGUAAGACGACAUUGGCAAAAGCUGUCUACACUGACAAGGUGACAGAUAUGUUUGAUGUGAAAGCAUGGGUCCAUGUCUCGAUGGAAUUUCAGCUAAAUAAGAUUGUGUCUGGCAUUAUAUCUUAUGUAGAGGGUACCCCUCCAGCUAAUGAUGCUGUUCUACAAUAUUUAAAAUCUCAGCUAGACCGCAUACUCUGUGACAAGUUAUAUCUCAUAGUCUUAGAUGACUUAUGGGAGGAAGGGUUGCCUAAUUUGGAGAUGCUGAUGAGCAUGUUGCAAUCUGGAAAGACAGGAAGCAAGAUAGUAGUCACCACCCGUAGUGAAAAGGUUGUAAAUGCAUUAUCUAACCUACGUUCUUCAUAUUUUCAUACCAUUGAUCCAAUUAAACUGUUGGGCAUGUCAACUGAUGAAUGCUGGUUUAUUAUGAUGCCUCGCAAUGUGGAAAACUGUCAAUCCCCUGACCUUGUAGACAUUGGAAAAGAAAUUGCACAGCGAUGCUGUGGAGUACCUCUAGUUGCCAAGGCUCUUGGUUAUGUGAUGCAGAAGCACUGCACAACAGAAGAAUGGUUGGGAAUUAAAAAUAGUAACAUUCUGGAUACUACCAAGGAUGAUUAUCAAGGAAUUCUAAAGGGCUUGCUUCUAAGCUAUUACCACAUGCC